UACCAGUGCUAACAAUCUUCAUAUAAAGUCACCCGGUAGUGGCUGAGAUCAUUAUUUGUGUUCAAAAUGUUGAAGUCUCUGGUAGUGUUGUUCUCUGUUCUGGCGGUUUCCCUCGCAGCUUUAGCUUUCUAUCCGUUGGACCCUAAGCCUGAAAAAUUCAAAGACGAUGUAGGGUGCUACAUUAAAGAGACGGAUGAAGUCAUACCCUUCGGUUCGGACAAACCUUCUAAAAAACAGUGUAUGGAGUACAUAUGCAGCAGGGAACAUGUCAGCCGUGCAACAUGUGGCGUAGCGCGUGCUACUCCCCCCUGCACGUUGGUCACCAACAAAGAACUGCUUUAUCCAGGCUGUUGCCCGAAAAUCGUCUGCCCACCUACGUCAGAGGAGGAUGAACUCCUACAAUAGUACAAAUAAUAUGGUUGCUUUUAAAAUAAAUAAUUAAAUAUAUUAUUAUACCUACGA